UGGCGAGACUGGCCGCGCCCGCCAUUUUGGCGUCACACCGUGACGUUCCAGUUGGCGCGACGUACCUUGCGUUUGCAAGCUUUGGCCCGAACUUGAAGCGGCGAAGGGCUUCCCUUUCCAUCGCCGCAACCUUCAAGUUUCCUACACGGUGCUGCUUCACAGCCUCCUGUUUCCCAUUCAGGAGCAGUCCUCCAGAGCAGUGGGUGUGUUAGACGAAACGACCAGUAUGCUUUUGGGCAGCCGCUUGUCGGGGCUCGUGCCCCGCCUCCGAGCAGCGAAGAGGGGUGUGACCUGCCACCCCUUGAGCAGCGUGCUCGUCGGUUCCCAGCUGGGGAGCAGCCGAAGCAGUGCAGGGCUCGUGGUGCCGGAUUGCAGCGGGAUCAUUGAGCCAGCAUUCCGCUGGCCAGGGAGAGCUGGGCCAACCCCAUCUGACAGGUCUUUGGGGGAGGCAGACAUGGCGCGUCAAGAGUCCGAAUCAAUCAGGGGCGAAUUUCGUGGGUAUUCGGCCGAGGGCUUCAACCAGUUCCAGGGCUACAGGCUGAAGGGGUACAUCUUCUACCCCGACGUCCGCCUCAUGGCAGAGGGGAGCGGUGAGAGCUUCAAUGAGCCAUGGCCUGUUUUUGCCAAGGCUCUCUCGAAGCACCCGCUUGCCAAAGUGGAUGUUAUUGUGGAAGAGAAGGACGAUGCUGAGACGCUUACAAAAGCGCUUGAGCCUCUUGUGAGACGGAUUAGCACCUUUGACAGGACCGGCUCACGGCCAGAGUGGAUCGACCCCGCUGUCGAGAUGAGCAGAAUGCGAAAGAAGCUGCAUAGGCAGAGAUUAGACAGCGGAGGCUAAGAGGUUUCUGCUGAGCUUGCGAGCUGUGCGAGCUGUGCAGGCGACUCUGCGCUUUGCGCCAUCUGAAGCUAGUCCCUCACUCAGCCGACUUCAAUCCGUCUGAAACAAUGAAGUAUCGUGAUUGACACUCUGGUCGAUCUAGAUUCUUCUUUCGUUGCGUGACAGGAACAGUUCGAGCUUGUUCUUCCUCAUUUUCUAGGGCAACGCCUGCUCGAUUUCACUUUUUCAGAGUGCCUCAUGAAGAGGUGCUUCUGUGAAAUAUGAUCGUAAUUUUAAGUUUGUUGAGGGCCGA